UUUUUUUAACCAAGUUUUUAUUGUUGUAUUAUAUAAAUUUCCUAGAGUCGUAACAAUCAAGGGUAGCUUAUAAACCCAAUCAAUCAAUCAAUAAACCAAUAAAUGUUUCACUGAAGUCAGCAGGGAAUAUUUUGCUAAAAGUCACAAUGAUGGCCAGAGGAAUCUAUUUUAAAGUCUUACAGGAAUGGGACGAAAUUCUUAUUCCUAAGCAAAUGCUGAUUAGAACAUUCCCUUUUUAAGCUCUGGGUAAAGAGAAACUGGAGGAACCUCCCUAAAAGUUUGUGGGCUUAACGGAGAACUUCUUUGGGUUAGGUUCGAUCAGAAAAAUGGAGAACUUCCAAGUUUGUGCCAAGAGAAAUUAGGGAAUGACUUCAUUCUGAGUAUCAGUUCAUCACAAAUCAGAACAGGUAGAGCUUCACUUAUACUAGAAAUUCAAAGUAACAGUCCUUCUCCCAUAAGAACCUCAAAGGAAAACAGAAUACGUCUCCUUGUCUCUAGUAUCCCGAAAUGAAAUAGAGUUGUUAGCCAAAUGCAAGCCUCAAAUAUGUAUUGUAAUAAUUACUAUUAUUUACUACUAGCAUUAAAAAGUUCUGAGACUAAAAUAAAUAAAAUAAAAUAGACAAAAUCCCACUGGGGAAUUAUCACUUUAUGUUACAAUUACAUUGGGGAAAAAUGUUAUGAGGAAUCCUCAACUCAUACUGCUAAAGAUUUGUACCAGUGAAUUGCCCUAAUCUCCAAUCUGAAUUCAACGGAAUCUAUCAGCAUGGACAGGUUAUACAGCCUGACUUCCACUGAGACAUAAGGUUUCAGAAAGUAUAAUUUACACAGCCUAUGAGCUUUACACAGCAAGAUCAAAUCAGUCAGUCCUAAAGGAAAUCAAUCCUGACUGAAGUUAAAGCUCAAACACUUUGGCCACCAAAUGAGAAGAAAGGACUCAUUGAAAAAGACCCUCAUGUUGGGAAAGAUUGAAGGCAAAAGGAGAAGAGGAUGACAGAAGAUACGAUGGUUAUUCGACAGUGUCAUAGACACAGUGGACAUGGGUUUGGGCAGACUCCAGGAGACAAUAGAAGACAGGGGGCCUGGCGUGCUGCGGUCCAUGGGUUCGCAAAGAAUCAGGCACGACUUAGCUACUGAACAACAUGAGGUUUACACAGACACAGGCAAAUAAGCAAUGAUUUUAAUACAUGUUAAUGUAAAAAAGUUGGAAAACCUGGAUAAAGAAGGCUCCUACUAGAUUCUAACCUAAGCCUAUCUAUUCAAGCAGUCUGAUUAUUAACGAGAUACCUUUGGAAACUCCCAAAACAGAACAAUAAAGCAAAGCUAAAUUUCUCUUCCUACUUCCCAGAGAUACAAUCCUACUGAUUCUGUCCAUUUUGAAUUAUGAGUCAUCUUUCUGAUCCUAAAUUAUGUUGUGGAAAUAACAUAUGGAAUAACUACCAAAUGAUCUGUAUGUGGAAGGGCUUGUGCUUCUUUUAAAAUGCUACGAAAACAAAUUAAAAAUGUUCAUAUUCUGCAGCAGGUUCUGUCUUGUAAAUCUCAAAAUUCUAGCUGAGAAUAGAAAUAAUUCCAGAAAUCUGAAUUCUAACAACUUUUGCUACAUAGAUAUUCUUCCUACAUAACAGCAGCCUUGGUUUCAUCAAGCACCUAGAGGGAAUCUGGAUGGGAGCUUAUUUAUAUAGGCUAAGCUCAGAGUCCUGCAUUCAGAAACCCUACUGUCAGAACAGCAGUCCUCCAUUUCUUCAUACACCAUGCAAAUUCAGGGCUAAAGUUGCUUAAACCACAAAAGAACAUAUAAUGCACCAUGUGAAAUGAGACUUUUAUUUAUCCAAUACAAUACAGUAGUCCUAUUGGUCCACUAACAGGGCCACUUCAGGAGAUUCAGCUGAAAACAAAAGACAAGAUGGUGCCUGCCUCUACUCUAUGGACAGAAGCCAUCAGUAAUGGCAGCAACUCUUAUUUUCUUGAUAUAUCAACACAAGACGCUCCUUGGAGACUUUCUGUCUAUCUUGCCACAUCCUGAUCCAAGAAAAUGAAAGGGCCUGCUGAAGGACUGCUUCUACAUCACCUCCCAACAUUUGUUGCCUGAAGUAGUUCCUUUAUUUUGCCCAAUAGUUUAUACAUUGUUUUAGAGGAUGGAUCCAAAUCUUAACCAUUGGCAGGAUCCACAACAAGAAGAAGAAAUCAUUAAGCGAGGAAACUUUUUGCCUCUCCACAGGUCUUCAAGUUGGUUGCUCAGGAAGAGGAUGAGGAAGAGUAAUGGAGGAAAAAUGUUACUGGAUGUACAUGACUGAAAUAAUGUAAACGUCUCGGGGUAUAUUUCCUAGAAGACAGUAGAAGUAUAAGACAGGCACUUUUAAAAGGAAAGGUGUAGGGGUGGGGUGUCCCCCUAUCUGCCUUUGGACCAGAGGUCUCUGAGAAAACAUGGUUAUCAGCGCUUAGCAACCAACCCAGGAAGGAUGAGAGAAGGGGUAGCUCCACCUACACCCCCCCAAGCUUCGCCUCUCUCUCACGCCCCUCCUAUAAAGAAAACAAGAACGUCUUCAGAAAAGUGGGGAGGGGGGAGCGGAACCGAGUGGCUUCUACUUUUGAGCUCCUCAAACGAAUCCGAGCGGCGUUUGGUGGAGAAAAGAGCCACGGUUUUGGUUUUUUUUUUAUAAAACAGACAGAAAAUCCGGGACGCGCGUGGUGGGGACGUUCAACAGGAACGUGCUGGAGCCGAAGAUAGGCGCUCGGGUGACUUCCCCCUCUUCCUCGAGCAUCGUCCCCGGGGCAGCCUUCUCUGUUCCCAGCCAAAAAGAAAAGAGAGGGGAUCCAAUCACAUCAGUUGCCCUAGGCCAGGGGUGUCAAACUGCCGGCCUGGAUGCAUCACAUGGAAGCCGUACCCACCCCAUUGCUGGCAAUGGCAAAACAGUCCCGAUAUGUUGCGCGACAUCACGUGACGUCGUGAAUUUUACAUGUCUGCCCUAGGCUUUCUAGAAUAACUGUCUUGAUGGAUUUCCUAAGUCCCAAUAAGAACCACCACAGGAUGCUAGGAUCCCACUUACUUGCUAUAAACCUCUGCAAUGACUCCAGAAGGGGAAGCAAGGGGUCCUUCCAAGAAACCCAAUAAAAUGAGAAUCAGGAAAGGAUGUGCUAAACCCCCUGAGCACUGCAAAUCAUUUCAUUGAAGCUUAAGGGAAGGUAUCUUCUGACUGUCAAGCCCCUAAAGGCUUGCCAUACGAACGGGGACGGGGGAGCACGGAUAACGACCUACCAACCCGGGAAACAGCUGAGCAUUGCCCCGCCACGCCCCAUGACUGCACCAGCCGAACGUCAACUGAGCAGACAUCUCCGCGGGCUGCGCCACAGACGCCAGCGAAGCCUAAGGGAGGCCAGUCACCGACGGGGUCGGAGGACCAUGAAUGCCAGCUGCGCUUUACGGAAGGGAGGGCGAUGGACGGGCCAUCUGGGGCCGAAAGGACUGCACUCCGGCGGCCGGACCCAGCAAAGGGGGGUGGGGGGUUAUCCUUUCGCAACCGGGACAGUAGGCAGGGUAAGUUUGGCGGCGGGCAACUGACGCGCAGUUCGGGCGCACGGACAACGGGGGGUGGGGGCGGAGUUCCGUCGGGGAAAGGGAAAGCACAGGGAAAGGGUGGAGCAUUUAUUCAUUUGAAGCGGAUGGUGGUUUGGAACCGGGGGCGGACCCAAAGGGUGGAGCACGCCAAUAUAUGGCGGUGGGAGGUAACUAACACCAGUGCUGACUUUGUCUCACCUGCAUAAUAAAGUGCUUGUUGGGUGUCAGUGUGUGCCGGUCUUCUUUGCCUUCGCGCUACGGACGACAUCGGAUAUUCUGACAAAAAGUCAGCACUCCACACUCUUCUAACGUUUCCCCAGCCUCCUGCUCCCACGUGCAGGCUCAGGUAUGGCAGAGGGAACGCAGGGCCCCGCCCUGGCCGAGGGAGAGGUGGCGACCGACGGGGCUGCGGACGCGGUCCCGGCGGCGGAGGCGGCGCCAGCCCAGCCAGCGGUGCGGCCCAAACUGCUACUGUCUGCGGUCCCAGGACUCGACGUGGGGGAGGUAGGGGCCGCUAAGCCACAGGAGGAGUGGUGGCAAAGCCCGGCAGUAACGGGAUUGCAAACCGAACAGUUAAUAACGCCGAAGCCGAAGCCCAGUCUUUCGGGGUGGAGGGAGAGACGCGCCACCAUGGAGGAUGAUGAAGACUGGAGCUACUCUACGGCCCCGGGCCAAGAGACCAUGGAUAUAUUGCGCCAUCGGUUUGGCGAAGCAAGCUACAGGGGCGCCGCCGAUGUGUGGCGAUCGGAAGGGGAUGCUGCGGGCCGCACCCCCUCAUCUAGGUUCCGCCUGAGUAGUCCGCGGCUGCGGCUGCCUACUCCCACGGGUGGGUUGGGAACUCUGGGUCUCCCUUCAAGCAGGCUACCGGGCCAGGCGCACUCAGCUCAGCCGGACGGGCCCCGGGACGGGGCAAAAGGUUCAGCGAGGCCAGGGGGUGUGGAGCAGCAGGGCUUCACGGCCGGGUAUCCGAACCUCGGGCCAGGCCAACCCCAGGGGCCGUGGGGUCCAGGCUAUCCAUGGGGGGUUCCUCCUAUCCCGGUCACCUUUGAUGGGAACCCCGACCACCUGGCAAUGUUCUUAGGCCAGGCCAUAAGUCACCUGGACCAGUUUGCACAGCUGUAUGUAUCCCAGUGGGCUAUGGUCGGCGCCAUUACCGCCGCCUUACGCGGGGAGGCGGCUGCAUGGGCAGCCGACCUGUACAGCGACCAUGCCCGAGAGUUGGGGAAUGCGGGGCUGUUCUUGGACGCGCUGCAUGGGAGGUUUGAGGAUCCCACCCGGGCGCAGAGGGCCGAGGCAGACCUGCUGGCGCUUCACCAGGGGAACCGCCCGGUCGUCGAAUACGUACGAGAGUUCCGGAAGUUAGCCGGCCGAUUGCAGUCUUCAUGGCCGGAGCGGAUGUUGGUACACCAAUUCAGAGCAGGCCUAGACUAUGACCUACGGCAAGCCUGCGUGUACCGGGGUGUGGCCAACAGAUUGAGAGACUGGUUUAGGGUGGUGGUCGAACUCGAGGCAGGCCUUAAGGCUGUAUAUCGAGGGAUUGGGGACGUCCCGCGGCCGCGGCGUCUCGGAGAGAAGCCUCGUGAGGGAAGCCAGGACCAACAGCGGAUAACGCCAAAACCACCCGGAGCGUCAAAAGAAGGCGGCUUCCGAUGUUUCCGCUGCGACCAACCGGGCCAUCGAGCAGCCGACUGCCCAGCACCCAGCCCCCGUAAGGGCGCAACAAUUGGUAGAGCCACGCCCGUAAAGAAGACGACGGAAAGUUCGAGGGCGACUAUUCAACAGCCAACCCCAGGGGCGAACAAGGGGUCUCCGGUCAUGGCGGAGUCUACGGUUAUGGCACGGUACCAGCUGGGAGACGAGGAGGACAACCCUGACGACGUAUUGGCCGAUCCAAUGGUGAGUGACCCUAUUAAUCCAUUUAUCCUCCCUAUAGUUCUCACGAGUCCGGUAACAGGGGUGCAGAAGGCGUGUCAAGCCUUGAUCGAUACGGGGUGCACGCGGUGUCUGAUGAGUAGGAAGGUAGCGGUGGAUAGUGGGUUCCGGAUACAUCCAUUACCGCAACCAAUACGGUUCGAACAAGUGGAUGGGUCCCUGUUGGGAGGAGUCCCAGCAACCCACGUGACGGAACGGGUACGCAUGGACCUAGGAGAUCAUUGGGAGGUCUUGCGAUUCAUUGUGGUGCCCACUUUGACGGAGACUGUCAUAUUAGGGUUGUCCUGGCUGGACAAAUGGACCCCAACCAUUUGGUGGGAGGGAGGGUACCGUAAGGUGCGUCUGGGGAGGGGCCCAAUGCCAGAGACUGGCAGUAAUGGAGGCCAGUUUCCUGAGGCUCCGGAGGUGACGGCGCAACUCCAGGAGGGGGAGGGGGAAGUAACAUACCCUGAGGAAUACAGGGAUUUAGCAAUGGUCUUCAGCGAGGAGGAGUGUAAUCACCUGCCCCCUCACCGGUCAACGGAUUGCGCCAUAGAGUUAUUGCCGGGAGUUAAACUCCCGAAACCAAGGAUGUACGCUAUGACAUCACCAGAGGUGCAGGAACUCCGUAGAUAUAUUGACCAGAAUUUGGCGCGGGGGUUCAUCCAGCCUGCUAGGUCACGAAUAGCGGCCCCCGUACUGUUCAAGGAAAAAAAGGAUGGGUCGUUGCGCUUAUGUGUUGAUUUCCGAGGGUUAAAUGCAGUAUGUGUUGAGCAUGUAUACCCCCUCCCCCUAAUGAAGGAUUUGUUAGCGCACCUGGGAACGGGACGUAUAUUUACCAAAUUGGACUUACGGGAGGCUUACUAUAGAGUACGAAUCAAGGCUGGCGACGAGUGGAAAACGGCAUUUAACUGUCCGUUGGGUAGCUUCCAGUUUCGCGUCAUGCCGUUCGGGUUACGGGGGGCCCCGGCGGUGUUCAUGCAGUUGAUCAAUCAGGUAUUGCAUGAACACCUAUACCGCGGGGUACUCGUGUACCUAGAUGAUAUUCUAAUAUACACCGCAACAAGGGAGGAGCAUGUCAGUCUGGUGAGGCAGGUGCUACGGAAGUUAUUGGAGGCACAACUUUAUGUAAAGUUGUCUAAGUGCGAGUUCCACCGGGAGCGAUUAGAUUACCUGGGCUACCGUAUAUCGGGGAGCGGGGUAGAAAUGGACCCGAGCAAGGUGCAAGCAGUACAGGAAUGGCAAGCGCCCCAGACGAGACGCCAACUGCAAAGUUUUCUCGGAUUCGCGAAUUUUUAUCGCCAGUUCAUUCCGUUAUUUGCCACCGUGGUGCAUCCCCUCACGGAACUGCUACGGACAAGACACCUGGCGAUGAGACCUCGCCCGAGCCAACGAAUAGAGUGGACUAUGAGUUGCCAAAAGGCAUUUGAGACGCUGAAAACGUUAUUUGCCAAAGAGCCCGUAUUGCGCCACCCAGACCAGAGUGCUCCAUUCGUAGUACAGGUGGACGCAAGUGAUGUGGCAGUGGGGGCGGUGCUGUUGCAGAAGAACAGUGGGGGAGCAUUGCAGCCAUGUGCCUAUACCUCGCGGAAGUUCACGACGGCCGAGCGUAGCUGGACCGUCUGGGAGAAGGAGGCCUUCGCGAUCCGCUGGGCUCUAGCAACAUGGAGGCAUUUGUUAGAAGGGGCCAAGCGGCCGUUUGAGGUGUGGACAGACCACAAGAAUUUAGAGGCGCUACAGACCCCGAGGCGCUUAGCCCCCAAACAUGUCCGGUGGGCCCAAUAUUUCAACCGGUUUCGGUUCACACUGAGGUAUGUGCCGGGAGGAAAAAACUUUCUGGCCGACGCAUUGUCGCGGAUGCCGCAGUACCAUAGCAAACGGGAGGAGGUCAUACAAGCACUAGUGCCGCCUCCGCGGCAUGAUACCGCUAAGACUGUAAGUCACAGGUCUCAGGUAAGUGACCUAGAGGCUAUUAGAGCUGCCCUGCCGACGGAUACAUGGGCGAAUAAGCAUUCAGGGUGCUUAACAACUCGGGACGGUGUGGCAUGGAAAGGCGGUAAGAUAUAUGUGCCCGAGAAGCUACGCUUAGCCGUACUCCAACAAUGCCAUGACGCAAAACAAGCGGGCCAUUUUGGGUUUAUAAAGACCCUACAUCUAUUACGACGACAAUUCUGGUGGCCCAAACUGAAGGUAGAUGUGGAACGGUAUGUCAGAGGAUGCCACGUAUGCGCCAGUGCCAAACCCCGAGUAGGGAAACCCAUAGGGUUGUUACAACCAGUGGCUGAUCCAUCCCGGCCGUGGGAAGAGAUCGCCAUGGAUUUUAUUGUAGACCUGCCUGGCAACCGGGGCUACAACGUGAUAUGGACCGUGAUAGAUCUCUUCUCCAAACAGGCGCAUUUUAUCCCAUGCAAGGGCCUGCCAUCAGCGCGGUGGUUGUCACGGUUGUUUAUUCAACACGUUUACCGACUCCAUGGCAUACCCAGAAGAAUUGUGUCGGAUAGAGGGGUGCAAUUCACCGCGAGAUUCUGGAGGGAGUUCGUUCGUACACUAGGGUCCUCGCAGGCGUUGAGUUCAGCGUAUCAUCCGAGCACCAACGGGGCGGCAGAAAGGGCAAAUGCCAUGGUGGAAAGAUACCUCCGGAGUUAUGUGUCAUUUCAGCAAACGGACUGGGUGGACCUCUUGCCGUUUGCUGAAGUGGCGUAUAAUAACACUGUCCACAACAGUACGGGAUAUACCCCGUUUAAAAUAGUGUAUGGGAUGGAGUUUAACCCCAUUCCCAACCUGUCACCAGAGGUAGCUAGCGGCCAGACCCCUCAAACAUGGUACGCCCAGAUCACAGGGUUGUGGGACCGGGUGAAGGAAGCACGGAGAAAGGCCGAGGCCGCUGCCAAACUCCAAGCCGACAAAAGACGAGCAGAGCACAAACCGUUCCAGGUGGGAGACUGGGUAUAUUUAGCCACCAAGUAUUUACGCUUGCAGGUGCCAUGCAAAAAACUGGGGCCGAAAUAUGUGGGUCCCUUCCAGAUCCUCAAAGUAGUCAACCCGGUGACGGUUCAAUUACGGCUACCCGCCUCUCUAGGCAAAGUUCAUCCCGUGUUCCAUAGUAGCCUGCUCAAACCUGCACAUAAAAGUCCCUACGCUGACAGAGCACCCGGGCCGGUCUCGGGGUCCCAUUAUGAAGUGCAGGAAGUCUUAGACUCACGUAGGCGCUAUGGUAAGACCCAAUACCUCCUUCGAUGGAAAGGAUACCCGUUGUCGGACGCAACCUGGGUGGGAGAGGAGGAUAUAAACGCACCUAACCUAAUCCGAACGUUUCACCGUAAGUGCCCGGGGAAGCCAGGGCGAGACAGAUGUAACAUGGUACAUUCAGCCCCUUCCCUUUCUUUUCCAGGGGGACACGUGGUAAAGGGGGCCGCAUGUCAAGCCCCUAAAGGCUUGCCAUACGAACGGGGACGGGGGAGCACGGAUAACGACCUACCAACCCGGGAAACAGCUGAGCAUUGCCCCGCCACGCCCCAUGACUGCACCAGCCGAACGUCAACUGAGCAGACAUCUCCGCGGGCUGCGCCACAGACGCCAGCGAAGCCUAAGGGAGGCCAGUCACCGACGGGGUCGGAGGACCAUGAAUGCCAGCUGCGCUUUACGGAAGGGAGGGCGAUGGACGGGCCAUCUGGGGCCGAAAGGACUGCACUCCGGCGGCCGGACCCAGCAAAGGGGGGUGGGGGGUUAUCCUUUCGCAACCGGGACAGUAGGCAGGGUAAGUUUGGCGGCGGGCAACUGACGCGCAGUUCGGGCGCACGGACAACGGGGGGUGGGGGCGGAGUUCCGUCGGGGAAAGGGAAAGCACAGGGAAAGGGUGGAGCAUUUAUUCAUUUGAAGCGGAUGGUGGUUUGGAACCGGGGGCGGACCCAAAGGGUGGAGCACGCCAAUAUAUGGCGGUGGGAGGUAACUAACACCAGUGCUGACUUUAUCUCACCUGCAUAAUAAAGUGCUUGUUGGGUGUCA